AUGCCGGGCUCGCAUUCGCGAGGGCGGGAACAGUCCCCAUCCCGGGCACACGGGGAGCGUCGCAGUCCGUCGUCGUGGCGUCCCGCCCAGUCGCCGGCGCUGUGGCCAGAGGUGGCUCGUGCGUCCGAGCGGUCUGCCGUGACCGCGCCUGUUCCGUCCCGGCCGUCAUCGUCGCUGCAGGCAUCCCCCCGUCGAUCGUCUCCGCGCCAGCAGUCUCCCUGGCGUCCCUCCUCUCCCCAGCGGUCUCAGCCAGCGAACAAUCAUGGGCGACGAAAUCAGCCCCGGCGCUAUUGGCGCGCGCAUCAUCUCCAGCAGCAGCCGGCUGAUCAUCCCGUGUCAUUUGCCGCACCGCCUCCCGCUCCGCAGCUGCCACAACCUCCUGCGCCUCCUCCUAGCGUUCCAUUCCCUCUGCACGCGGGUCCACCGGGGGUGUGGGAUGUUGCUCCCGGCGGUCAGGCCCAGUUCCAUCCCUUCCACAACGGGGGUCUUGCGCCACCCCUUCUUCCUGGUCAGCUGACGCUUCAUCCGGCGCACCUCCCGCAGCGGCCCGCGCCGCCUCCUGCGCCUCCGGUUCUUGUGCCUCAGCUUCCCGGGUUUGAGUAUGCCUCCGGGCGUGCUCCGUUUCACCCACCUCUUGUCCCCGGCCCCAUGCCUGCAGCUCCACUUGCGGUGGUGGGAGCAACAGAGGGGAUGGAUCUUGAUGCUGGUGAGUCGGCCGCCGCGCCGAUGCCUCAGGACAUCCGCCCUCCGCGUCGUCGGUCCGUAGGGGUCCGCUUGAGCUCUCGCGUGAUCGUGGAGCGGAUCCGGGCGCGGACCCGUGCCCCUCCUCGCUCGAUGCAGCUGUCGAGUAAGGUGCUUGUGCGCUUGUGGCACAGGCGGGCGUUUGUUGAAGUGCGCUUGUGGCACGGGCGGGCGUUUGUUGAAGUGCGCUUGUGGCACGGGCGGGCAUUUGUUGAAGUGGUGACGAACGUGCUGGAGGCCGCGCUGGGGGCGAUGGAAGACUGCCCAGCUGCGCAUUGUAGGAUGGAUGCUGAUCGGACUGAGCGGUGCCAGCUUGCAGUGCGUGACCUGGUGCACGAGCUGGAGCGGACGUUGGUUGGGCCCGGUGGGGAGUUGGGCUCGGGCGUUGGGGAGGCAUGCGUCCUCGAGGAGGUGGGGAUGAAGGUGCAGUCGGCAUCAGCUGUAGCUGUUGUAGACGGCUGCGUGUCCGCACUCCGCCUGGGCGAUAAGGUUGUCGCCAGCGUGCUUCAGCUGGCGGGUGUGACAGAGUUUGUGUAG